AUGUCUCCAAUCACAGGUUCCAACAUCCUGGUCAUUGGCGGCUCGUCUGGGAUUGGAGCUGCGGUAGCCAAGCCGGCCGCCAGCGAGGGGGACGUUCAAGUCUCGAUUGCCUCGUCCAAUCUCGCCCGUGUGGAAAAGACCGUCCAAAGGAUCCAAACUGACGUGCCAAAUGCCCAGAUCAAGGACUACACAGUUGAUGUCAGUGGGGGUGACGCCGAGUCUCGCCUAGAGAAACUAUUUGCGGAGGUUACGGCGGGAACGGGCCGUCCCCUCGACCACCUCGUCUAUACCGCUGUCAAUCUCGAGUUGAUAUUCCUCCAAGACGUGACCAUCGACUUCCUGCGCGGUGAUGGACAGUUUUUGGUCUUUGUGCCGCUUCUCAUCGCCAAGGUUGCCCCGCCCUUUAUGACCAAAAGCUACCGAUCAUCCAUCACGUUCAGCACUGGUCGUAUUGCGGAGAAACCCAUGAAAGGAGCGGCGGUAAUGGCGGGCUGGGCUGCAGCCUUGUUUGGAGUUACGCGUACCCUUGCGCUUGACUUGGCCCCAUUCGGGUCAAUGUUGUCAGUCCCGGAAUAA